AUGUUUCCACUCCAUUUUCAUUACGAAGAUGUAUCACGUCAGGAUCCGUUGCUCAAACUGAAUCACGCCAACGUUAUGGAAGUUCCUGGAUCGUGUGAAAUAAGAGUAGUACCAAAGGCACCCUAUGAUUUCAUAAUAAAAAAUGGAAAAUUGGCUAUGGAGAUUCCGCGCGGUCAGAAAUUCAUACAGACACAAAGGGGUUCGACAGGAAAGUCGUUUCGAUCCAAUCCAUUCUUGGGGUCAAAUAAAGACAAAGGAUAUGUCAGUGACCUAGCACGACAAAGCACUCUCCGAGGGCAUGGAAUGUCUAAUUUUUCGGUCAGAAUCUCGACAGUAAUGUCUCUGUUAGAUUCUCCGGUCGAAAUACGGGAAAACUCCAUUCAAUUCUCGAUGGAAACGGAGUUUUGCGAAUUCUCCCCGGAACUGGAAGAUCAUUUCGAGAUCUUCGAACAUAUUCGAGGGUUCAAUGUGACUAUUGUCACUUCGGCCAACACACAAGAUGAGACUUUACCACCGUGGAGCGGCUUUUUGCAAAAAGAUGAGGGAGAAACUCAGUAA